CCUUUAUAGGCACAAAGGGCUUCCUUAGCGCCGUCUGGGUCUCAGCCUUUCUCUCUCUUCUUCUUUCUCUCUCUUCCAUUCUUUCGCUUCCACUAUCUAAACCCAAACCCUAGCCAAGAUGAAUGUGGAGAAACUUAGGAAAAUGGCCGGUGCUGUUCGCACCGGUGGGAAAGGUAGCGUGAGAAGAAAGAAGAAGGCUGUGCAUAAGACCACUACCACAGAUGACAAGAGGCUUCAGAGCACCCUGAAGAGAAUAGGGGUUAAUGCUAUCCCCGCUAUUGAGGAAGUCAACAUCUUUAAGGAUGAUGUUGUCAUCCAGUUCUUAAACCCCAAAGUUCAAGCAUCCAUUGCUGCCAACACUUGGGUUGUUAGUGGUUCUCCUCAAACAAAGAAAUUGCAGGAUAUCCUUCCUAACAUCCUCACCCAAUUGGGACCUGACAACUUGGACAACCUUAAGAAGCUUGCAGAGCAGUUUCAGAAGCAGGCUCCUGGUGCUGAUGCAGGUGCUGGUGCUGCACAAGAGGACGAUGAUGAUGAGGUUCCGGAGCUCGUCCCUGGGGAGACCUUUGAAGCAGCUGCGGAGGAGAAGCCUGCAUCAUCUUAGAGAGCUAAGGGAGAUUUUGUGCCAAUUUUAUAUAAUUAUUAAAAUGUUCUCAAAAUUGUAGCUUUUUGGUGGUCCUUUAUUUUUAUUUGUAUUUUUUAAAAUUUUCUUUUGAUGUUCCCUUUUCAUCCCAAUUCGAGUCACAUCAUGUUUGAUUUGGCACCUCGUUGUGACACACUGGAAAGUAGAUACUCUUCUUUUUGGCAUGUUUUAUCUUUAAUGCUUCAUGUGAUGCACUAAGGUGGUUGUUAUAAGUUAUGGUCCAAAUCAAAAACUCUUUUUCCUUC